UUGGCAUCAACAUCACCUGCGUGAAUUCCUGUAUUUAGUCAGUCGAUUUCACGUUUGUUUGGUCAGUGUUGUUUCACUAUAGGGCGACAUUGAUAAACUUAGCUUGUGGAAGUUGUGAAAUUUGCCAAAAGGUGUUCUCCAUCCAUAAGGUGCUCGGUUUGUUAAAAGCCAUUUCCGAAGAUGUUAUCCACACUGGUCUGUAGGCGAGCUUUCGUCCCGUCGUCUUUUCUCAAAGCAACGCUGCAAACGAUUCCGAAACGGCAGCAACAGCAAGUGUUACGGCAGUAUGGACGUGAUGUGAAAGGAAGCGGUACGGGAUGGACAACUCGCACAGAACGCACAACGUUGCGCGAACGAGCCAUGGCUCCACCCGGUCCAAAUGCUUACGCGAUCGGUAAAGGAGCAGUGGCUGGCGGUGCGGCCCUAGGACUCGGAGCGUUAUGCUUUUAUGGUCUCGGAUUGGGAAGCGGAACGAGCACGCUGGAAAAUUCCCACCUUUGGCCGGAGUUUGUAAAGCAACGCAUACAGGACACGUACUUGUACUUCGGUGGCUCGCUUGCCAUUUCGGCAGCUAGUGCAAUGGCCGUGUUUCGGUCGCCUCGAUUGCUAAGUUUGGUUUCGAGAAAUGGAUGGAUGUCGAUUCUCGGCACUUUCGCGCUGAUGAUUGGUUCUGGAAUGGUGGCACAAUCUAUACCUUACAGCCCGGGUCUGGGUGCGAAACAAUUAGCAUGGGCGACACAUUCGGCCAUUUUAGGAGCGGUCAUCGCACCGAUGUGUUUCGUCGGUGGUGCAAUCCUCACUCGCGCGGCUUGGUACACGGCAGGCGUUGUCGGUGGACUUUCAACGGUGGCCGUUUGUGCCCCAAGUGACAAAUUCCUGUAUAUGGGAGGCCCAUUAGCCAUUGGUCUAGGAGUGGUGUUUGCUUCCUCUCUGGCAUCGAUGUGGCUUCCACCGACGACAGCGCUCGGAGCCGGCAUUGCGUCCCUUUCGCUGUACGGUGGUCUGUUGCUUUUCAGUGGAUUCUUGCUCUACGACACGCAAAAGAUUGUGAAACGAGCUGAAAUGUACCCAUUAUACGCUCCCCGCCCAUUCGAUCCAGUAAAUUCAGCGAUUUCGAUCUAUAUGGAUACCUUGAACAUUUUCAUCCGAAUUGUCACUAUUUUGGCUGGUGGCGGUGGCAGUCGUCGCAAGUAAAGUUGUAUUCAGUCUGUUUUAGUAGUGGAUAUGCUUAAAUAUUGUACGAUUUUAUCUUACCUAUAGUUUUUAGUAGUAGAUCUUUAACUUUCGAAUCCAGUUUGCAAAACAUAAAUGUUUGCUUUUUUCACAGAGAUCCGUAAAAUUUGAUUAGUAUGAAGCGGCCGUAACAAAGGCAAGAUUGGAUGUCACCGUAUUGUAGGUCUAACCUGCAGCGGAGUGAUGUUCAAAGUUACAAUUCUCCAGUUUACAGGACUCAAAAUGAAUAUUGCGCUGCUUUCUAUGAAUCUAUCAUCUAUUAUACUUCAGAGAUUCAUAGAGUUCCUUUAUAAUGUAAAAUAAAUGUAAAUAAAUUGGAAGUGGUUAUGUUAGUUGUAGUUCGUUCUUCA